AUGUUCUUGUAUGAGAGACUGAGCAAGCGAGAGAGGGGGAGCGCGAGAGCGAAAUCGGUCGGAAAUCACUUCACUCUCACAUAGGUUAUCCACAGUAUACACGCGCGGUGAGCUGCGGCAAGAGCGCGAGCCCCGGCGUCCCCAGUAACACUGAAUGGUGAACUGGUGUUGAGAGCACGCGUACUGGACACUACCGGACAUAGCCUUGGAAGAUUUUCUCUGUUUUCACUCUUACGCACAGACAGUAGUUGACUGAAGGUUGAAGUUUUUGGAGGAUGUUGCCCUGUGGAAUUGGAGGUUUCGGGAUGCUGUGAACCCUGUCCGGAGUAGCGCUGUUUCGGGGUUUCCUUUCGUGCGCAAGGAGAGAACACUUCUCUCUGAUGUGUGUAACCACCAUCAACCAAGUUCCGCGCUCUUAUUUUCUUGACGUGACACUUUUCGCUACCGUUCUAACGGACCCUUCGUGUUAAAAAUAGGAUUUUUUAACGAAAACCAAGAGAGCUGACAGCGGAAAAGGGUGCUGUUUUGUAUCAACAGGAUUGCGGUGGUGCUGAAUUUUGGAUAUCCAAAGCGCUUGAUUUGUGGCGUGCAAAGGGAAAGCGGCUCCCGGUCCGACUCCGUCGGUCAAGACUAGCCUACAUCUAAGAGGAGUAACUAUCCGUUAAGCAACAGACAGAUGAUGUGCCAGAGUGCCAAUGCGAUGUGGUCACGGUGGAGUGCCAUGCUAGUGUGGAUUUUCCUUCUUCUCUGUUGUUCUGCAAAUGUCGUCAGCACCAUUAUCUACCAGGUAACCGAGGAGCAGCCGCCUAAUACACUGAUUGGCAGCUUGGCAUCUGACCAGGGCUUGCCAGACACUGGCCACCUUUACAAGCUUGAGGUGGGUGCUCCUUACCUCCGUGUGGAUGGCAAAACAGGGGAUAUCUACACCACAGAGAACUCGAUCGAUCGUGAGACUCUCAAGGACUGCCGCAACCUUUUCGAGGGCGAUCCUUGUUUCUUAGAAUUUGAGGUAUCUAUUACAGACCUGAUGAAGGGCACAGGACCUCGGCUCAUCGAAGGCCGCAUCGAGAUCUUGGAUGAGAACGACAACACUCCACAGUUCUCUUCACCUGUCUUGACGUUGUCGAUCCCGGAGAACACGCACGUCGGUGCGCUUUUUGCCAUACCUCUGGCCACCGACAGAGAUUCUGGAAGCAACGGCAUCGCCGAUUAUGCCCUAACGACUGGCCCUGAAGCUGCCAACCUUUUCAGCCUGCAGGUGGCGCAAGACUCAGAUGAGAAAUUGCCACAACUCAUUGUAUUGGGAAACCUGGAUAGAGAGCUGCGAGAUUCAUAUGACCUCAACAUAAAAGUGAUCGAUGGUGGCUCUCCACCCCGCCAGAGUAGCGCCCUGCUCAGGAUCACCAUCACAGAUGCCAAUGACAACGUGCCUAAAUUUGAGAAGUCUCAUUAUGAGGGUGAGCUCCCAGAAAACAGCCCAGUGGGUCAUACGGUUCUACAAGUGAAGGCCAAUGACUCCGACAUGGGACCAAAUGGAGAGGUGACCUACAGCCUCCACCAGGCAUCAUCGACUGUCCAGAGGCUCCUUAGCAUUGACCGCAACACAGGCACCAUUUUCGUCAAAGGCUUGGUGGAUCGUGAAGAUAUCAGCAUGCUCAAGUUCUACGUCCAAGCUAAAGACAAUGGUCCACAGUCGAAGAGCUCCAAAGCCCUUGUGACUAUUACAGUGAAGGACCAGAAUGACAAUGCACCCUCAAUCAGAAUCCGGGGUAUUGGCCUUGUGACACAUGAAGAUGGUGUUGCUAACAUAUCGGAGGACAUGCCUGUAGGCACAGCUGUGGCUCUGGUGGAGGUAUCAGAUCGUGAUGAAGGUGAAAAUGCAGUUGUAACCUGUGUGGUGGCAGGGGAUGUCCCAUUCCAGCUGCGUUCAGCUAGUGAAACAGGCAACGACCGCAAGAGGAAGUACUUCCUUCAGACAACCAUGCUGUUGGACUACGAGCGGAUCAAAGACUACAGGAUUGAAAUUGUGGCAGUGGACUCUGGCAACCCUGCACUAUCCAGCACAAAUUCCCUGAAGGUGCAAGUGACAGACAUGAAUGACAACUCCCCGAUCUUUUCGCCCUCUUUGUAUGAGGUAGAAUUUGCUGAGGAGAACCAGUCAGGUGACAAGGUUCUGGAUGUGGUAGCCACAGAUGCCGACAGUGGGACUAAUGCGGAACUGACAUACAGUAUCACUGGUGGGUCACUCCCCGAGGGGCUAUUUGUAAUUAACCCUAAUACAGGAGAAGUGCGUGUCAUGAGCCAGUUGGACCGUGAACAAUUAGAUCACUAUCAAUUUCUAGUCGCAGCAGCUGAUAAAGGUGUACCAAGCUUGAGAGGAACUGCCACUGUUGUUCUUAAGGUGCUCGACAGGAACGACAAUGACCCUAAAUUCAUGCUCAAUGGUUACAGCUUUUCAGUCCAAGAAAACAUGCCACCCCUUAGUCCUGUUGGAAUGGUAACAGUCAAUGAUCGUGACAAGGAUGAAAAUGCUCAUGUUGAACUCUCUGUAGAACCAGACAAUGGCAAGUUUAUGAUUCAAAAUGGAACAUACACCAUACUUUCAACUAUUUCCUUCGACAGAGAAAGGGAGAGCACCUACAGUUUCCGACUUAAAGCUGUUGAUGGAGGUGAUCCACCACGUUCCUCCUAUGUUGGCAUUACCAUUAAUGUUCUUGAUGAGAAUGACAAUGCUCCAUAUGUCACUAAGCCCUCAAACUCUUCAUACAAGUUCUUGGAUCCCCGCACCAGCCCAGAAACCCAUGUAGAACGUGUUGAGGCAGAGGACAUGGACAUCGGUUUAAAUUCAGAGAUGGAUUUCAGUAUUGUAGGGGGCAACCCUCAUGGCUUGUUCCGGAUCUCUUCAGAGGGUGAGAUUACGUUGGCUAAAGAGUUCACAUCCAAACAUAUUGGUCUCCAUCGUCUGGUAGUAAAAGUUAAGGACAAAGGCACGCCACCACGCCAUACGACCGCACUGGUUCACAUUUAUGUCAAUGAGACCAUCGGCAAUGUCUCCCACGUCGAAGGACUUGUUGGACACAGUCUUUAUACGCCACUCGAAAUGGACAUUGCGGGAGAUCCCGAUUAUUCUCGAGACCAGCAAAAUAACAUUAUUUUUGCAGUCUUGGGUGGCUUUUGUGUGGUCGUUCUAAUCAUUGCAGUGGCUAUGAUCAUCAGGCACGUCAUGUUGAAGGAAAAUAAAAGUGGCUACCAAGCAGGCAAGAAGGAGACCAAAGACCUAUAUGCCCCCAAACCAGGACCUAAGAGCAACAAGAACAAGAAGGCAAAGAAAAGCAAAGCUCCAAAGCCUGCCAACCCAUCUGAGGAGGAUGAGGGGGGGAGUCUCCAGAAAGGCCUAAAGUUCAACCUCAUGAAUGAUAGCGUCAACGAUAGCCCUAGGAUUCACCUGCCGCUCAACUACCCCCCUGGGAGCCCAGACCUGGGGCGACACUAUCGGUCUAAUUCUCCUCUGCCAUCCAUUCAGCUCCAACCUCAGUCACCUUCUGCCUCAAAGAAACACCAGGCAGUGCAGGACCUGCCGGCCACCAAUACCUUUGUAGGAACCGGGGACAACAACUCAACAGGCUCAGACCAGUAUUCGGAUUACAGCUACAAGGCCAACUCUUCAAAAUAUAGCACCAAACAGCUCCCACAUCGCCGAGUGACCUUCUCCACAGCCAAUCAGGCGCAAGAUCUGCAGGAUCCCUCUCAGCACAGUUACUACGACAGCGGUCUGGAAGAGUCAGAGACACCCAGCAGUAAGAGUUCUUCAGGGCCCCGUAUCGGGCCCCUCGCCCUACCUGAAGACCACUACGAACGCACUACCCCAGACGGCAGCAUCGGAGAGAUGGAACACCCCGAGAACGAUCUGAGGCCUCUGCCUGAUGUGGCCAUGACGGGAAAAUGCACACGUGAGUGUACAGAAUACGGCCAUUCGGAUUCCUGCUGGAUGCCUGGACAACCCUCACCCAACCGCACCAAGAGUGCCAAGGGCGGGCCCAAGCUCUCCACCUUCGUGCCUUACCAGGAGAGGGAGGGUCAGGAGCACCUGAUGGCUGACAGCAGCUCUAAGCCUCACGGAGAGGAGCGGAGCGGAGGUGGGAACAACAAAGUGGCCAGCAUUCGCUUUUUGCCUCCCUACACCAGUGCCUAUUCUACAGGUGGUGACUCCGGCAAGGACUGCCCCAGGGAGGAGAUCCCCCUGAGUCAGACAGCCGAUUACGCCCCUGCCACUACACCAUCCAGCCAAGGUUCCAAAAGAGAAAUCUACCUGUGAUUCACCUGCUGUCGGCCUAGGUUCGAUUCCACAUUUGAUCCAAUUUACUUGUGAUCAGCAAUGCCUGUGAGAGGAUAAAAGGCCUCAUUGUCAAAACACCUGCUAAUUCUACCCCACCACCAGACCCCGAUAUACACAGACAUCUCGACAUGCAUCUCCAAUCCCCUCAGCCACAAGCCUAAUGGCUGACACCAAACAGCUAGAGAUCUUCUUUAAAACCCUCUGGGUUUUAUACAGCCCUGUGCAUUGUUAGAGGCUCUGGAAGCCAAACAGAUAUGAAGAUAAUAAUCAGAAAAAAAGAGAAAAGCAUUUUGUGAAUAUGAAAUGAAGUACACAAUCCCCAUGUAAACUUCUAAUGAAAGAAUGUAAGGACAAUUUUUAAGUGAACUUUGUGAUAAUUUAAUGUCAAUGUUAUAUUCCUAUUUGAUUCUGAUUUAUUUGUAGAUUUUUUUUAUUUUAUAUAUAUAUAUAUAUAUAUAUAUAUAUAUAUAUAUAUAUAUAUAUAUAUAUAUAUAUAUAUAUAUAUAUAUAUAUAUAUAUAUUACUUAUGAUCAGACUGUAGAUAUGCUUACCUUAAAACAUAAACACAUCCAAAUAGUACUUUUUUUUUUCUUCUGUGAGUGUGUAGCCAAGAACUCGAGCCAGAAGAACUGGCAAACCAAAUCCUGGCAAUCCAAGAGGAACAUAGAUUCUUGACACUUAUACUUUACUGAAAAGAAAACAUUCACCUUUCUUUAAGCUCUGAAGGGUAGUUGUUUCUUAAAUUUGUCUUUUUUCAUAGAAAACUCUUUUCUUAAUGUACAGUGUUGUAAAUACUACCCAUCUGAUGGAACAGCUAUGAUUUAUUAUUUAGCUGUACAGACUCUUGGAGCCACAGCUUCCUUCUGUUGAUGAUAGUAGAAGGGACAUUGCUCAGAGGAUUUGCCUCCCUGUCAGUAAAAGAAGGACAUCAGUUUUGGACCUUGGAAUGCUAAAGAUAAUCUACAGUCUGAGCCUCCGCCGUCUUACUACUUGGGACUCAAGCAAACACAGAAUUUGGGGCAAAAUCCAAGGAAAAAAAAAUGGAUUAAAGCAGGUUUGCAUGAUGCCAUUUUGGACAAAUUUGACAGGCUUCAUCAGUUCCCAGAGGAAGCUCUCCCUGUGACUUUUCCUCUGUAAUACUCUCGUACUUCUUCAAAAGACUAUCUACUAGUAGCUGAGGCUUUAGGUGAGUUGCCAUGUGGAAGAGUUUUGUUCAACCCAUCCCAUCCGUAGGGAGGAACAACGACUUUCACAAAAAAAAAACAAAAAAAAAAAAUUCCUGUUCAUGUGCUGUGCAAUAGCCUACUCGUUUUCAGACAUGUCAAACUCUGUUGUGUAGAUGUGUGGUUUUGUCAGAGAUUUUGGCUCUGCUCUGUGGUGGGUUUGACCUUGUCCAAACAAACGCUCACAAGAGGUAGACGGGUUCAAAAAUCAUGGCAUAUUUGUCACAUUAAAGUUGUAUUCAACAAGUCCAGUAUAUUCUAAACAGGGAUGCCCAGUCCUGUACUGUCCUAAUCAAACACACCUAAAGCACCCAAUUAAGGUGUUCAGGACCACAUGAAAAUUAAAAGCAGAUAUGUUUAAUUAGAGUUGGAGCUGAACUUUGUAGGACAGUCGAUCGCCAGGAGCAUGAUUGGGCACCCCUGUUCUAAAACAUCAGCGAUUCUGUUUAAAAUGUGCUUUGAACAUAUGACAUGAUAAGACUCCUGCAGCAAGCUUAGAAACGUCUAAAUCUCGCUAACCUAUCACCGUAAAGUCACACUGGCGCUCGCCAGGGGGCACUUUCAUUGAAAGCGCUAAUUUCCACAACUGAAAGCGAGGUCAUUCAGAAAGAGUUUACAGGAAGUUCAUAUAAGGCUGUUGUCAAUAGAGGCUGAUAGUAACAGGGGUUGCAUCAGUUGGGAUUCAGGUCAGCAAAAGCUAUCAUGAGUAUUCGAGGCCUGAGCUACACACAAUAAGUGCACUAUAGUUUACACCAUGUCACACAGCUAAGUUGCCACUCAUAACCGACUAUUCACCUCGGGUGAUUUAGCCGUUUGCUCUGUGUGGGCGUUGAUUCAGUGUUCUCACUGCUACGUGCUUUGGGUUUAAUACUUGAUAAAUAUCUCCAUUUGGUGUGAUUCUUCCUUAUGUGUGUGUGAAUUCAUUUAGUUCACGGCUGACCCCUUAUUUGAACACUGGCAAACCAAACUUCAAUGACCAAGUAAAUAAGAAGUAUUUCCAAUCUGACAGGGUCUUUGGUCUUUGCAUGCCCUGUGAUGCCCCCUAUGGACAAAUGCUGCGAGCUUGUCGCAGCCUUGGGGCAGACCGGAGGAGAUACUGAAAGACCUCAUUCGGUCUAAGUGUUGAUUUGAGAACACUGACACUCUUGCUUCAUUGUACACAUUUAACUUCCUGUUCUUUUAAUCAUCCCAGUGACUACUGACCUUUAAGGUGUUUUCUGCAGUGACAAACAGAAGCUGCCCAGGCUGCAUGAACCCCAAACGCUGCAUGACAGGUAGACAGUCUCUCGCUCCCACUGGGAAAACCUGGAGUUUAUCCCCGGAGAGCAACUGUCACAGAUACUGAUAGGUCAAAUCACUCGGAGUGUGUGUGAACGUGUGCGUCUUCGCACACCUGUGUAACUGUGUAGAUGCAUGGAGGGAUCCGUUCACUGCCUUUAAAGCAAGAAAUUUUAAAGCGUUACACGUGCAUUUUCGAUUUUUACUACGAUUUUCAACGGCCAAAUUGUAUCUCAUUGAAUGAAAUGGCUCUUGCUGUGUGAAACAUUGGACAGUGGUGCAGAGAAUCUGAUGAAAAAUAAAUAACUUGUCUUAUACACAGCGUAGGGUGAAAAACAAGCAAGAAAAGCAUUAUAUAAGGGGAAUGACAGUACAUGUCUUUUUCAUCCUGCAGCUGUAGCUGUUAGUUUGUUAGUCAGACAGCAAUAUAUUUUAUUAUAUCUUUUUUUGGUAGUUUCUUAAUCAAAUAGACCAGUGUUAAUAGAAUUCUGAAUGAAUAUGUGGCUAAAAAUGUAUUCUCGUUUUUUUUUUUUUUUUUUUUGUUUUUUUGUCUUUAAUAUGUAUUUUUGGUUUUGUUUAUUGUUUAAGAAAAUUAAAGACAUUCAGAUCUUUAAACUGCUGUUAUUUAAUACCAAACACAAAAGCAUUAGUUUUAAGGUUUAUGAUUUAAGUUAUGCACUAUUCCACACAAACUCAUUAGUUAUUAGUUUUGUUAUCCACAAUACAAAAUUGUCCUGCUUUUACACUUUGAUUAGCAGUCUCAAAGCAAAAUUGAGAAUGGUGAUUUGAUCUAUAAAUAUACUUUUUUUGUUGUUUGUUUGUUUUUGUUUUUUUGAUGAUGAUGAUGAUGAUGAUGAUGAUGAUGAUGAUGAUGAUGAUGUGUAUUGCAGAACAUAAGCAAAUAAUGUAAACAAUCACCUUUUUUGGUACCUAAAGCACAGAUUUUAUUUUUUUUUUUUAUUUUUUUUUUUUUGGAAUUUUUGGAUCUUGUCUGCUUUAUGAUCAGGCCAAGAUAGAAUCUGUUUAUUUUUAUUAUUUUUUUCUGUGUAAUGGAUUUGAACAUGGUAAAAUGGGUUAAAUAGAGCUUAAUUAGUAGCUGAAAGCACUAUAAAAUUAGCCAAAUAUUUAAUAAACCAACACAUGAGGGGUGGAGGAUGUGUAUGGCUUUUUAAAUAACGGGCGUUCCAGUUCUGUGGAAAUCUAUGGAGCUUUCUGCCGGCACAGAUUCCGUGUGGGCCUGUUCAUGACUGAUGUUCAAUUUCAUCCUACUGUAAGCUCUUUCAUUUGUGCUGAAUCGUGUAUUACGUGGAAAUCAAUCAAAUCCAAUGUGACUUAAGAAUCAGUUCUUUGUCUGGCACAUGGACUCAUUUUGGAGCAGAGCCACCCGCUGCAUUUGUCCAGGUAUUAGGAGUUAUGAACGAACAUGUCAUCGUGUUGUAAUGUCACCGUGCAUAAUGAGGCUCACCAUGCAUCUCUGCGCAUAAUAGAAGUAGAGAGUAAACAGCAUCAUUCUACCCCUCGAAAAAGAUUAAAAACUAAAUCAGUAAUUUAUUUUGUGAAGCGGUGGCUGAGCGGCUUCAUUACUAUGACUUUGGCACUGAAAUGAACCGAUAGCGCUUUAGCGGUUUAUGGGCGUCUGCCUUCAUAUGAUUUCAAUAUUAAAAACUCUACACUAAGUAAUUGAAGAACAGCCACCGUUUAAAUAGAUAAUUACAGGAAGUACAAGUUUGUAGCCUAAGUGUUUGUUAUAUUUAUAUCGAACGCUUGUGAUGCCUUGUUUUCUUUGUACAGUUUUAUGUACAUGCUUAUAACGUGGCUAUUUUUUUUUUUUUCUAGAGAACAAAAAAUAAAAAAAUAAAAAAAAUGUUGAAAGACAAACUGAAAUUGUAAAAUAUUUUUAAAAGUAGAAUAUGUAAGGAUGAGUGGUUGGGGGCACACGGUUGGUGAGCCUGUGUCUAAAAUGUCAUCAAUAACCAUCCACUGGCUUCUGGUCUAUUUUAAAGUUUUACUGUCUCUUUUUAUGAGUUUUAUUUUUUUCCUGAGUUUUGUGUUAUUUGCAGAACAGUGGCUUUGAAGAGUUUAGCCCUUAUUCGUUCCAUUAUGUUCUUAUCAAUAUCCGCAUGUUAAACACAAUGAGGAAGAGAAAAGAGAAAAAAAAAAAUGUUGUCUUUUAUUUUUGCUGAGCAAAUCAAAGAAAUACUAUCUUGUAAGUACUCCUUCCUUAUAGCUUUACAAUAAAAUACGUUCUGUAA